CAGGUCUGACCCUGCAGGGCUCACAGUCCUGGACCCUGUAGGCUCCUCUCCUCCUCCUCUCUGCGGUCUCCGUGUUUACCUCCAGCCGCCCUGUGUGCAGCUCUCAGCGGGGGCCGGCCGAGGGAACACCCUCCCCCCUUCACCCUCCAAUCAAAACCUGCAGCAGGAGGAGACUUCUGCAUGAAGAAGUGACACCACCUCACCUUCCUGACUCCAGACUCCACAGUCUCUGCUCAGUCCGGACUGAAACCACCAGGCCAGCACCCAGCAUGGCGACCCCUCUCACAGACCAGGAGAAGCGCAAGCAGAUCAGCAUCCGGGGGAUCGUGGGAGUGGAGAAUGUGGCCGAGCUGAAGAAAGGCUUCAACAGACACCUGCACUUCACCUUAGUGAAGGACAGGAACAUAGCGACACCCAGGGACUAUUACUUCGCCCUGGCCCACACUGUGAGGGAUCACCUGGUGGGGAGGUGGAUCAGGACUCAGCAGUUCUACUACGAGGCGGAUCCGAAGAGGGUGUAUUAUCUGUCUCUGGAGUUCUACAUGGGCCGCACGCUGCAGAACACCAUGAUCAACCUGGGGCUGCAGAACGCCUGCGAUGAAGCCAUCUACCAGCUGGGGCUGGACAUGGAGGAGCUGGAGGAGAUGGAGGAGGAUGCAGGGCUGGGGAAUGGAGGUCUGGGGAGACUGGCAGCUUGUUUCCUGGACUCGAUGGCCACCUUGGGUCUCGCAGCGUACGGGUACGGCAUCCGAUACGAGUACGGGAUCUUUAACCAGAAGAUAAGAGACGGCUGGCAGGUGGAGGAGGCAGAUGAUUGGCUGAGGCAUGGGAACCCGUGGGAGAAAGCACGACCCGAGUACAUGCUGCCGGUUCACUUCUACGGACGAGUGGAGGAGACGAAGGACGGAUCCAAGUGGGUCGACACUCAGGUGGUUUUGGCGAUGCCGUACGACACGCCCAUCCCCGGCUACAUGAACAACACGGUGAACACCAUGAGGCUGUGGUCUGCACGAGCGCCCAACGACUUCAACCUGAGAGACUUUAAUGUUGGAGAUUACAUCCAGGCUGUGCUGGACAGAAAUCUGGCAGAGAACAUCUCCAGAGUCCUCUACCCCAACGACAACUUCUUUGAAGGGAAAGAACUCCGUCUGAAGCAGGAGUACUUUGUCGUGGCCGCCACACUCCAAGACAUCAUCCGCCGCUUCAAGACCACCAAGAAGGGAGCCCCGGGCCGGACUUCCUUUGAAGGCUUCCCUGAAAAAGUCGCCAUCCAGCUGAACGACACUCAUCCAGCCAUGGCCAUCCCCGAGCUGAUGAGGAUCUUUGUGGACAUCGAGAAGCUGGACUGGGACACGGCCUGGGACCUGACUAAGCGCACGUUUGCCUACACCAACCACACGGUCCUCCCCGAGGCUCUGGAGCGCUGGCCUGUGGAGCUGCUGGAGACCCUCCUGCCCCGACAUCUGCAGAUCAUCUACCAGAUCAACCAGGUCCACCUGGACAACAUCGCCACUCUCUAUCCCGAGGACAUGGACAAGCUGAGGUCCAUGUCCCUGAUCGAGGAGGACGGGUGUAAGAGGGUGAACAUGGCUCACCUGUGCAUCGUUGGAUCUCACGCUGUGAACGGAGUGGCUGAGAUUCACUCCAACAUCAUCAAGACUGAAGUGUUCCGUAACUUCAGUGAUCUAGAACCAGAGAAGUUUCAGAACAAGACCAACGGCAUCACGCCCAGACGCUGGCUGCUGCUCUGUAACCCCGGCCUGGCCGAGCUCAUCGCUGAGGUCAUCGGGGAGGAUUAUGUGAAGGACCUGGGCCAGCUGCAGAGGCUGAAUGACUUCGUAGACGACGCCGCCUUCAUCCGCGACGUCUCCAAAGUGAAAGAGGACAACAAGGUGAAGUUCGCUCAGUACCUGGAGAAGGAGUACAGAGUGAAAAUCAACCCGUCCUCCAUGUUCGACGUCCACGUGAAGAGAAUCCACGAGUACAAGCGCCAGCUCCUGAACUGCCUGCACAUCAUCAUCAUGUACAACCGAAUCAGACAGAACCCUGCGGCUCCUUUCGUUCCUCGUACCGUGAUCAUCGGAGGAAAGGCCGCUCCCGGGUACCACAUGGCCAAGAUGAUCAUCAAGCUGAUCACCUCAGUGGCUGAUGUGGUGAACAACGACCCCGUGGUGGGAGACAAGCUGAAGGUCAUCUACUUAGAGAACUACAGGGUCUCCUUAGCAGAGAAAGUGAUUCCUGCCACAGACCUCUCAGAGCAGAUCUCCACCGCCGGCACCGAAGCCUCAGGAACAGGAAACAUGAAGUUCAUGCUGAACGGAGCGCUCACCAUCGGCACCAUGGACGGAGCCAACGUGGAGAUGGCCGAGGAGGCGGGAGAGGAGAACCUGUUCAUCUUCGGGAUGAGAGUGGAGGACGUGGCUGAGAUGGACCAAAAGGGAUAUGACGCCAUGUCUUACUACAAGGAGAUCCCAGAGCUCAAACAUGUCAUGGACCAGAUCACCAGCGGAUUCUUCAGCCCCAAGAACCCUCAUCUCUUCAAAGACCUCACUGACAUGCUCUUCAAACACGACCGUUUCAAAGUGUUUGCAGACUUUGAGGACUACAUCUCAUGUCAGGAGAAAGUCAGCAAGCUGUAUCAGAACCCGAAGGAGUGGACCAAGAUGGUGAUCAAAAACAUCGCCGCCACGGGGAAGUUCUCCAGCGACAGAACCAUCGCAGAGUACGCCACAGAGGUGUGGGGGGUGGAGCCCACCGACCUGAAGAUCCCGCCCCCCAACGAGCCCAGAGAGGCCAUCGAGGAGACGGCGCGAGCUCUGAAGAAAAUGUGAGGCCGCUUCACGUCCGGUGGAGGGCUUUGACUUUCUGUUUACACACAUCACUCUCUCUCUGUCUCCUUUGAGCCUUCACACUUCACUCAGAGUUUAAGAACCUCACACACGUCAGGGUUUUAUCUUCAGACACUUUUAUUUUAAAGCACCAGAGUUCAAAGAGUCUGUUACACUUUUUAGAAACACAUGCAGUAAACCAUGAAGAGUCGCACAGGUCAGAUUUUAUUCCUUGUUUUUUACUCAGAUCGUUCAGAACGUCACAAACCUGAUCUUUAAAAUCCUCUCAGUAUUUCUCAGACUAACCCACCGAUGUGUUCACUGCACCAAACCGCUCACCUGUGAUCCUCAGUAGUCGUUGAAAUAAAAUCUAAUGUGUUACAUGAUUUGUGGAAUCUGAUGUUUUGGAGUAUGAGUACAUGAGUAUGACUUGUGGAAAAAUAAAUGUGCUUGUUUGAGAAUGA